AAUCGCUGGACAGUUUAGUUUCGCAAUUUGGCGAUUGAGAUCUCAGUAACCGAGUAAAAACUAAAGCUAAAUCAAUAUGAAAUACUUUGCCAUUUUCGCCCUGCUCUGCUGUCUUCUGGGAACUGCUUUGGCAGCGCUUAAGAAUCCAAUCUGCGGUGAGGAGUUCGGGAAAAUAGGCAACUGCCGUUCGCAGCAGAAUAUGUGGACCUACCGCCGAGACACGAACGAGUGCAUCAAGUUCCUCUAUUCUGGCUGCCAUGGGAACAACAACCUGUUCGAAAACAGGGUCAAGUGCGAGCAGACCUGCAAGAACUGAGACUGCAUUGGCCAUGAAUAAAGUUAGAGCUGCGGUUUUGUUAUCCUAAUGUGA